UGCUGCUGUUUAGAGAUGGGGUAUAUAGAAGGACCUCUUUUGUUUCUAGCCUUUGACUCUAAUUUAUGUACAUGGCAGACAAAUGCUAGAUGUAGAAAGGAUUCCGUUGAAGAUAUUUCAAUAAUAUUUACAAUAACAAUGUUUUUGAAAUGCAUGCUGCUGGUUUCAGCAUGCAUUGUAAUAAGUGCAUAUGAAAGACAACGUAAUAGUGCACUAUUAGAUACUUUAAUAGAUCGUAUCCGAUCUUACCAAAGGCAAGAUCCUCAAAGCGAUUAUAAAGACUCUCGGAGAAGUUAUUUUAAUAAUGGUAACAUGAGAGGGCAAUUCUCUAGGAGUAGGGACCCAAAGAAUGAUUACCACAGUGAAAACAUUUUUAACGACAGAAGAAGUUAUCUUGCGGAUUUACUGAAUCGUAAUGUUCUUAAAGAUGAAAGAUGGAAUGGUAAAUCUGAUGACUAUGGAAUUGAUAGAAGAUCGAAAUUACCUUUAAUUGUGCAUGAAGAUGAAGACGAAACAGGUGAUAUAGUGGAUGAGAAUCUUAAUGAUUUGGAAGAAGAGCACCCAUAUGUAAAAGACAGAAUAACAAACAAUGUAGAAGAGUCUUAUAAAAAAAUACCAUACAAUAAAAAUCACUACUUGGAAAAGGAACACAUUGAAAAAAAUACUGUUGAACCAGUCACUGAAACACACACAAUACAAAUGCCUAAUGUCUCGCCACAAUCAAUGGAUACUUAUUUGUGUUACGGUUACAAAUUACCAGCAGACGACAGAUAUAUUGUUGAGUUUACUCCUCUUGCAAAGAUGCAAGUGGCACAUCAUAUGCUUCUCUUUGGAUGCGAGGAACCUUUCAAAAAGGAUACUUACUGGAAUUGUCGAGAGAUGCAGCCUGUUUGUGCUACAGGUUCACAAUCGAUCAUGUAUGCGUGGGCUAAGAAUGCGCCAUCUUUAAAGAUGCCAGAAAAUGUUGGUUUUCGUGUUGGCAAGCACAGCACUGUGAAAUACUUGGUUCUUCAAGUACAUUACAUGGAUGUUUCAGCUUUUCAAGCUGGCCACACAGAUCAUUCAGGUUUGAAGUUUGAACUAACAAGAUUGAAAAAACAAUUUCUUGCUGGUAUCUAUCUCUUAGCAAAUGGAUGGACUCCAAUUCCUCCCCAUGUCAAAAAUGCACACAUAGACAUGGGCUGUCAGUACCCAAACGGUUCACCAGUCAUCUAUCCAUUCCGUUUCCGAACACAUGCUCACAAGCUUGGAGUUGUGAUCACUGGUUAUCGUGUUCGCAAUGGUAAAUGGACGCUUAUAGGAAAAGGUGAUCCUCAAAGACCACAGGCUUUUUACAAGGUCUUUAAUGACAUUGACAUUCAAGAUGGAGACAAAGUGAUGGGUCGAUGCACGUAUAAUUCCAUGACAAGAAACAAAACAACUUAUAUUGGUGCAACACACUCUGAUGAAAUGUGCAACUUCUAUAUUAUGUAUUUUUACGAUUCCCAAAAAUACAAAAAUGCUGUAUUUGGAUGUAAUCGACCUGAUAUCGAAAAUACAAUCUACCCAAAAGACACAGACAUUCCUCUUGCUGUUGACGAAGCAAACAACAGAAAAACAUCCAUUUCAAAUGAAAAGCACAGCUACACAAGUUACGAACAAGUUCAUCGAUGGCCAAAACAUGGAUUGACUGACGGUGAUUUACCAUUAACAAUUGGACAAAUAUCUGGUGUUGCUGUGGACGAUGCCAGAGACCUUGUUUUUAUUUUCCACAGAGGAAGAAGAGUCUGGGGUGGAGAUACCUUCGAUGUACGAAAUAAUAUAAGAAAAAAAUACCGCACUCCCAUUCGCGAAAGAACUAUCAUAUGGAUUAAUCGCAAAACUGGAGAUCUGAUUGGUGCAGGAGGAGAGAGAAUGUUUUGUAUGCCACAUGGUAUUACGUUGGAUAGUGAAGGAAAUAUUUGGGUUACUGAUGUUGGUGCUCACCAGGUUUUCAAGUUAUCGCCAAAACUGAAAAUUCUUCUUUCUGUUGGUGUUCGAUUUGAAAAUGGGAAAGACGAUAAACAUUUUUGUAAGCCGACUGAUGUUGCUGUGAUGAAAGAUGGUACCUUCUUUGUUGCUGAUGGAUAUUGCAAUUCAAGGAUUGCAAAAUUUGAUAAAGAUGGAAAAAUGACCAUGGAAAUAUCUGAAAGCUCCUUCGAAAACACAUAUGGUUUUCCGAAACCUCAUAACAUGAACGUCGUGCAUAGCUUGGCGUUGGAUGAAAAACAUCACCGUUUAUUCGUGGCCGACCGCGAAAAUCGACGCGUUCUAAUAUUCCACCCAGACACUGGAGAAUUCAAGUCAGCUAUCGUGAAGAAAUUUAAAGGCGCUGUGUACGCUGUAGCAUAUAAUGACGCAAUGGGCGGUGUUCUUCAUGUUGUCAAUGGACCAUGGAAUGGUUUCCCUUUACCGAUAUCUGGCUUCACUUACAGUUUAACUCAAGAAAAAAUCAUUUCAAAAUGGAAACCAGAGAAGGGACUUCAUUUACCACACGAUGUUGCUGUUACAGAAGAUAAUCGAGACAUAUUUGUAGCUGAAAUUGGACCAAAUAAGAUCUGGAAGUUCACUCGAGUAAUCAAGAACAGACCUUAACCGUUAAAAAAGGUCUUAUAUUAAUACGGGAUAGGUGAAGUUUUCGGUGAAAUGUGUGUGUAUGGGUUUGUCUCUUUUUUCGUCUUGCUGGUUCAAUUUCGUAAAAAGUUUAUGUUCAUCGCCGUUCAUUCUCUCGAGGCGUACCAACUGAUUAUUAAUUUUUUUAGAAAGUUUCAGUUCUGUUUCUUUUUGUAGUUUGUAAUUAUUUUAAACGUACGUGAACAAGAAGAGAAGCAGUUUGUUUGGUGUUAUGAUGUAGUCGUUUUCGUUUUAAUACAUGUACGUUUGACUUCCACGGCCCCCUUGCUAUAACUCGUGUUUCACCUUCUGUUUUGCUAUUGUUUUUUUUUUGUCUUAGUUACUAAGAAUCUUUUUACCUCAGAAUGCGCUAAACCCUGUUUGUCUCGUUUGGUGGAAAUAAGCUGAACCUUGUCUCGUUUACUAGAAAAAUACAGAAAUAGUUUUUUUUUCGUUUAAUGGAUGAACACUGAGCCUUUUUUAGUAAGGUAUAGCUGAAAAUUUCUUUUGCUCAUGUUAUAAGUUCUAUCACAUGCAAACAAGAAAAUGGUUCUCACUGUGUCUCUUCAUAUUAACACCUAUAUUUCUCGUUAAUGGUUAUUCACACCUACAGUUAAAACAAUUAAUUCUCUCACAAUUAACUCUCUCACGCAUCUCCACACGCGUUGUAUAUAUCAAUUAUUGUAUUUAGUGUAUUUUCGUAGUUUUAUUUUCGUCAACAUGAAAUAUAUUUAUCCUUGUGGA